AUGUCCUCCCGCCCUUUCAAUCCACUGCCUACAUUCCCCAUUCCCAUUCAGUGGGAUGUGCCAGGCCGUAUUGCCCAGCUGCGGGCCAUGAUCGAUGACCCUGCCACCAGUCAGGCACAGAAGAUUAACCUCCAGGUUGCUAUCAAUCUGUAUCAUUCAAAAGAGCUACCAGGACGGUUUAAAUAUAUCCAGAAUGGCAAGGUUGUCUCUCUUAAGGAUAUCAAUUUUAAGCAGCCAUACUGGGUUGAGGGUUAUGGUCAACAACUAUCUUCACGGGCUACAAUUCCAGCUACCGUGCCAGGGCUGUCUUCUGCACCCUCUCAGCCUGUGUGCAAUCCUUCGAGCCAGCAACUAGCACAUCACAUGAUAUAUAAUACCUACGCAGAAGGCACCGGUGGACAUGAGAUAUUCGCCCGAAUUAGGCCCAUUCCAGGCCUCUUAUCAUCGUCAUUAUCGAUUACUGUCACAAUGCUCAAUGACACUGGAAGUGAUGUGUUGACUGUCUUUGAUACAGAUCUGACUGCUUUGGCCAUCCCUCCAACCUAUGAGGGGUUUGGGACAUAUGUCUCAGUAUCAACACCGAAUGGGAUUAUCAUACGGCAACAAGUCAUUGUUGACAUACAGCUAUUGGAUUCGCAGGGGAAUCCUGUGUCUGACUGGAUUAGAGAGGAGGGCGUUAUCACACCAGCAGCUCUUGGUGUUGGUAGACUUUCAGGUGAUGGCAUUAGGCAAUCUCUAUAUUUUGCAACUGCACCAGGAAAUCAACAUCUGUCCGCUUGGCCCGAGGGUGACGGGGAUGCGGAUGCGGAUGCGCAACGGGCCUCCUGGCGACAGAUCCGCGACACGAUCACGAAGGUGGGCUUGGAGGGCCUUGAGCUGCCGUCUGCUUUGCUACUUGUUGGUGACCAUGCGGCUGACGCUAUGUUUCACAGGACACUGGAUGAGGCGCUCCGGGAUAUGAUUCCGACGCAUAGAGAUGAUGUGGAUGGGUUGAGGUGGUCUUUGGACAAGCGCGGACAGGAGAAGAACCCCUGCGAGAUUUCUUCUCUUGACUACGCUGUAGUAUGCUUUCCUGGCGGCAAGGGCGGCUGGCCUUGCGAAGCAAUCUUUAGAGGCACCCAGGUUCUGCUGGGAGCUUCCAGAGUGUGA